GCCGCGGGAUCCGCAUCCUCCCGCAGCCGCUGCCGGGGAUCGAUCUGCGUCGGGAAGAGCGGGGAAAGUGCUGAAUCAUUGGGAUCCCGGCUCUCCACGGCCGCGAGGAGCUCGGGAAUGGGCUGAGGAUCCCUCUGCACGUGCCACCACCCCAGGGGACACUCCAAAGUCACUCCAAGGGACAUCCCAAGGUCCUGAGGUCACACAGGGAAGCUCCAAGAUGAUCCCGAGGAGAGCCCAGGUCACCUGCGCCGGAAUUGCCUUCGCCCUCUGCCUCCAGCACCUCGUCAGCGCCAUCGAGGUCCCCCUGGACCCAAAUAUCCAGAGUGAAUUGCCGCAGCCCCCCACGAUCACCAAGCAAUCCAUCAAGGAUUACAUCGUGGAUCCCAGGGAUAACAUCUUCAUCGAAUGCGAAGCCAAAGGCAACCCCGUUCCCAUCUUCUCCUGGACGCGGAAUGGGAAGUUCUUCAACGUGGCCAAGGAUCCCAAGGUGUCCAUGAGGAGGAGAUCGGGGACUUUGGUCAUUGAUUUCCACAGUGGGGGCCGGCCCGAUGACUACGAGGGCGAGUACCAGUGCUUCGCCAGGAACGACUACGGCACGGCCCUUUCCAGCAAAAUCCACCUCCAGGUUUCCAAAUCUCCACUGUGGCCCAAGGAAAAGGUGGAUGUGAUCGAGGUGGACGAGGGGGCCCCGCUGAGCCUGCAGUGCAAUCCCCCACCCGGCCUCCCCGAGCCUGUCAUCUUCUGGAUGAGCAGCUCCAUGGAGCCGAUCCCGCAGGACAAGCGCGUGUCCCAAGGCCACAACGGGGACCUUUACUUCUCCAAUGUGCUGGCGCAGGACGCGCUGACCGACUACAGCUGCAACGCCCGCUUCCACUUCACCCACACCAUCCAGCAGAAGAACCCCUACACCCUCAAGGUCAAAACCAAGAAGUCCCAUAACGAAACGUCCUUAGGAAAUUCCCCCGCCAUGUACCGCGCCCGAGGGAUCUCAGAAACCACUCCCAGCUUCAUGUAUCCCUAUGGAACUUCCAGCAGCCAGAUGGUGCUCCGAGGGGUGGAUCUCCUGCUGGAAUGCAUCGCCUCCGGAGUACCAGCGCCGGACAUCAUGUGGUACAAGAAAGGCGGGGAGCUCCCGGUGGGUAAAACCAAGCUGGAGAACUUCAACAAGGCCCUGCGCAUCUCCAACGUGUCCGAGGAGGACUCCGGGGAAUAUUUCUGCCUGGCCUCCAACAAGAUGGGCAGCAUCCGCCACACCAUCUCCGUGAGAGUGAAGGCUGCUCCCUACUGGCUGGAUGAGCCGGAGAACCUGAUCCUGGCCCCCGGUGAGGACGGCAGGCUCGUGUGCCGGGCCAACGGCAACCCCAAACCGUCCAUCCAGUGGCUGGUGAAUGGAGAGCCCAUUGAAUCGUCUCCCCCCAACCCAAGCCGGGAGGUGGCCGGGGACACCAUCGUGUUCCGGGACACGCAGAUCGGCAGCAGCGCCGUGUACCAGUGCAACGCGUCCAACGAGCACGGCUACCUGCUGGCCAACGCCUUCGUCAGCGUGCUGGAUGUUCCCCCCCGGAUCUUGGGCCCCCGGAACCAGCUGAUCAGGGUGAUCCAAAACAACAGGACGCGUCUGGAUUGUCCCUUUUUCGGGUCCCCCAUCCCCACCCUGCGCUGGUUUAAGGACGGCCAGGGGAACACGCUGGAUGGAGGCAACUACAAAGCCUACGAGAACGGGAGCUUGGAGAUGUUCAUGGCUCGGAAGGAGGACCAGGGACUCUACACCUGCGUGGCCACCAACAUCCUGGGGAAAGCUGAGGCCCAGGUCCGCCUGGAGGUCAAAGACCCCACCAGGAUCGUGAGGGGCCCCGAGGACCAGGUGGUGACGAAGGGCACCAUGCUCCGGCUCCACUGCCGCGUCAGGCACGACCCCACGCUGCGGCUCAUGGUCAGCUGGCUCAAGGACGAUGCCCCCCUGUACCUGGGGAACAGGAUGAAGAAGGAAGAGGAUGGUCUGAUGAUCUAUGGAGUGACUGAGAAGGACCAGGGCGAUUACACGUGUGUGGCCAACACGGAGCUGGACAAGGACUUGGCCAAGGCCUAUCUCACCGUGCUGGCCAUCCCCGCUAAUCGGUUGAGAGAUUUACCCAAAGCACGACCUGACCAGCCCCGGGACUUGGAGCUGACGGAUCUGGCUGAGAGGAGCGUGCGGCUGACGUGGAUCCCUGGCGAUGACAACAACAGCCCCAUCACAGGCUACAUCGUGCAGUUCGAGGAGGAUCGCUUCCAGCCCGGAGUGUGGCACGACCACUCCAGGUACCCCGGGAGCGUCAACUCGGUGGUGCUGAGCCUGUCGCCGUACGUGAAUUACCAAUUCCGGGUGAUCGCCGUCAACGACGUGGGCAGCAGCGUGCCCAGCGCGCCCUCCGAGCGCUACCAGACCAACGGGGCACGUCCUGAAAUAAAUCCAACGGGAGUUCAAGGGGCAGGGACCCAAAAAAACAACAUGGAGAUAACGUGGACCCCUCUGAACGCAACUCAGGCUUACGGGCCCAACCUCAGGUACAUCGUGCGGUGGCGGCGGCGGGACCCGCGCGGGAGCUGGUACAACGAGACCGUGCGGAGCGCGCGGCACGUGGUGUGGAACACGCCCAUCUUCGUCCCCUACGAGAUCAAGGUGCAGGCUGAGAACGACUUUGGCAGAGCCCCCGAGCCCGACACCUACAUUGGAUACUCCGGGGAGGAUUAUCCCAAGGCUGCGCCCACGGAUGUCAGGAUCAGAGUGUUAAACAGCACUGCCAUAGCUCUGACCUGGACCCGGGUGCACCUGGACACCAUCCAGGGACAGCUCAGGGAGUACCGAGCCUAUUUCUGGAGAGACAGCAGCUUGCUGAAGAACCUGUGGGUCUCCAAAAAACGGCAGUUUGUGAGUUUUCCUGGAGACCGCAACCGGGGCGUCGUGUCCCGGCUGUUCCCUUACAGCAACUACAAGCUGGAGAUGGUGGUCACCAACGGCCGGGGGGACGGGCCCCGCAGCGAAAUGAAGGAAUUCCGCACCCCUGAAGGAGUGCCCAGCGCCCCCAGGUACCUGCGGAUCCGACAGCCCAACCUGGAAAUCAUCAACCUGGAGUGGGAUCACCCUGAGCACCCCAACGGCAUCAUCACGGGAUACACCCUCCAAUACACACCCUUUAACGGGUCCCGGAUGGGCAGGACGGUGGUGGAGAACCUGUCCCCCAACCAGACGAGGUUCACCCUGCAGAGGUCAGACCCCAUCUCCCGCUACCGCUUCAGGCUGCGCGCCCGCACCCAGGUGGGAGAGGGAGAGAUCCUGAUGGAGGAUUCGCCGGCGCUGCUGGAUGAAGCCACGCCAAGCCCAGAGGCAACUGGGCCGCCUCCAACCACAGUGGAGGAAACCAGUGCAGAAACCAGUCCUGAAACCACUCCUGAAACCAGCCCUACAACCAGUCCUACAACCACCCCAACCACCACCGACACCACAACCACAACAACCACCACCACAACAACCACAACCACCACCAGCACCGCCGCCAGCACCGCCGCCAGCACCAGCGCCGCUGCCGAGAGGGCUCCGGCAGCCACCACCAGGCACGAGUUGGCCGCCAAUGGAUCGUCCAUAUGGGACAUCAGAGCCAUGGCAAACAGUAACUGGGCAAACAUCACCUGGAGCCACAAUUUCUCGGCAGGAACUGACUUUGUGGUUAAGUAUAUCACCAGUAACAAGACAGAGAAAUCAAUACCCGUUAAGGCUCAGGGCCCGUCCUCGGUGCAGCUGGCGGAUCUGACGCCGGGGAUGAUGUACAAGCUGUGGGUGUUCCCCAUAUGGUCCCACCCCAGCGAGCACUCGUACAUUACCUUUACCACCAGCUCAGCCUACACCAAGAACCAGGUGGACAUCGCCACGCAGGGCUGGUUCAUCGGCCUCAUGUGCGCCAUCGCCCUCCUGGUGCUCAUCCUCCUCAUCGUCUGCUUCAUCAAGAGGAGCCGUGGCGGGAAGUAUCCAGUGCGGGACAACAAGGACGAGCACCUCAAUCCCGAGGACAAGAACGUGGAGGACGGAUCCUUCGACUACAGCGAUGAAGACAACAAACCUCUUCCCAACAGCCAGACCUCGCUGGACGGGACGAUAAAGCAGCAGGAGAGUGACGACAGCUUGGUGGACUACGGCGAAGGGGGCGAGGGCCAGUUCAACGAGGACGGCUCCUUCAUCGGCCAGUACACGGUCAAGAAGGACAAAGAGGAGACCGAGGGCAACGAGAGCUCCGAGGCCACGUCCCCCGUCAAUGCCAUUUAUUCCUUGGCAUAGCAAAAAAAACACGCCGGGAUAAAACACCCAGAGCCCGAGGGGUUCGGAGCGGGCGGGGGUUCCGCCGGCAGCCGCCGCCGCCGCUGCCUCCGACAGGAAAGGGAAUCGAGCGAGGACUGAAAAAAACAAAACAAAACAAAAAAAAUAGAGAAAAAAAUUAAAAAUAGCAAAAAAAUACAAA